AUGGCCGAUCUCAAGCAAAUCACCCUUAAGGAAAUUGCUGAUCACAACACAAACAAAUCCGCAUGGAUUGUGAUUGGAAACAAAGUGUUCGACGUCACCAAAUUCUUGGAUGAGCAUCCGGGAGGUUGUGAGGUUCUUCUCGAGCAGGCUGGAAGUGAUGGAACCGAGGCUUUCGAGGAUGUUGGACACUCUACUGAUGCUAGACACAUGAAGGAGGAAUAUCUUAUUGGAGAAGUUGUUGAGGAAGAGAGAAGAACCUAUUCAUAUGACAAGAAGACCUGGAAAGCGAGCACCGACCAAGACAAUAAGCAAAGAGGAGGAGAAUCAUUGCAAGCGGACAACAUCAUCUACUUUGCCCUUCUUGCUAUCAUUGUUGCUCUGGUGUACUACCUGAUUGCCGCGUAA